AUGCCUAGGUGGCAUCAAGAUGCGAGAAUGUUCGACUACACCUGUCUUCAUUCUCAUUCAGGACACGAGGACGAGGGAUCCAGCAGCGACCCUAAUAAGAAGGAAAAGGCAAUUCACAGUAAAUACGCCACCACACUCCUUGGCCCUUGCACUCGACUGCUCCCAGAAACUUAUUUUCUUAGAAGUAGUAUGGUUGAAGUCAUGGGUUUGAGUCGUGAAGAAGAAAAGAUUGAAUUGGCAAAGCGGUUUGAGAAUGAAGAAUGUGUUAGUUUGGUGGUGGGAGAUAUAAUUCGUUUUACUUGGAGAGAUGAAGAUUCACCUGUUCAUUCGGAGUCGGAUAUCAGUUGCAGUGAUAGAGUGUUUGUUAGCUUGAUGUUUGGCAGUAAAGAGGAGCUUAGACAAAUGUGCAAGUGGCGGCAUGUGGAAUUCAGACAGUGA